AUGAGGGGCCUCCAUGGAGCAACUGAGCACCUCAUCAGGACCCGGUGGAGGUUCUGGCACUUGGGGCUCUGCAAGGCCCUUGCCCCACUGCAGGCCACCUGGGAUGCCUUCUCCCAGCCUGUCCCAGCCAGCUCUGGCCAGCUGCUGACCCAGCUUCUCCUGUGUGGUUCCUUGGCUACUGCUGCUGCAGGUCUGGCUCAUCACUGGCUGGUGUCCUCGCUGCUUUAUCCUCUGGGAUACUCAGCCAUAGUGGCAACUGUCUGUGGCCUCCUGAUCUUCCUGUGCUUGGGCCUGGUGCCCCCAGUCCGCUGCCUGUUUGUGCUCAGUAUGCCCACCCUGGGCACGGAGCAGGGCCGCCGGCUGCUCCUGUCUUGCAGUACUGCCACCCUGGCCAUUGCCGUGGUGCCAAACAUCUUGGCCAAUGUGAGCAUGGCUGGGCAGGUGCUGAGGUGUGUCACCGAGGGCUCCCUGGAGAGUCUGCUCAACACCACUCACCAGCUGCGUGCAGCGUCCAGGGAUCUGGGUCCUGUGGGCCAAGCAGGCAACCGGGGCCUGACACUCGAGGCCAAGGGCAAUGGCUCCGCCUUCCGGCUUCACAUGCUCAGGGUCACCCAGCAGGUCCUCGAGGAUUUCUCUGUCCUGGAGUCUCUGGCCCAGGCAACAGCUCUGGGAACCCAACGUGUGGUCGCAGGGCUGUUUAUGCUGGGCCUCCUGGUGCAGUCGGCCUGCUACCUGCAUCGCUACUUGACUGACCUGAGAUUCGACAAUAUCUACGUUACACGGCAGUUGGCUCAGCAUCUGGCCCAAGCCCAGGCCACACACCUGAUGGCCCCUCCCCCUGCUUGGCUGCUCUGGGUGGCCCGGCCAAAGCUAUCUCAGGAGGAACUGCUGAGCUGUCUCCUCAGGCUGGGGUUACUUGCCCUGCUCCUGGUGGCCACAGCUGUGACAGUGGUCACAGACCACGUGGUCUUCCUCCUGGCACAGGCGGCCGUGGACUGGGCUCAGAAGUUGCCCACUGUGCCAAUUAUGCUCACCGUCAAGUAUGAUGCGGCAUACACCGUGCUGGGCUUCAUCUCCUUCCUCUUUAACCAGCCGCCUCCGGAGAGCCGCUUCCUCUCUGCCCACCACUCCUACCAGUGGGAGCUGCAUCUCGCCUCCCCCGGCUGCCCGCUGCGCCCGGCGCAGCGUCCCCGCGCGGCCGCCCCGCUGGCUGCGGGGGCGCUGCAGCUCCUGGCUUGCGGCACCGUGCUGCUGGAGACCUACGCCCGCCGCCUGCGGCACGCCAUCGCCGCCUCCUUCUUCCCGGCCCAGGAGGCAAGGAGGGUCCGCCACCUUCACGCCCGGCUCCAGCGACGUUACGACAGGCACCGAGGCCAGCAGCGGACCCCGGGGGCUCCUUUGGCCCUGACAGUCGGGCCCGCUUGCAAGCCCCCAGCCUGGAGAGACGGGCCGACGGCACGCCGGACGCUUUGAAGAACCGAGAGCAGCAGGACAGAGGGGAAAGGGCUUUGGAGGUGCACAGACCCGAGGUGUAACCUUGGCCCUCUGCUGUCUGCCGGUGCGACCUCGGGGAGGUCGCUUCACCUCUCCGAGCCUCCGUUCCUACAUCUGCAUAAUGACAAUGGGGUGAUACACUUUCCACACGCAAAUGUGGUAAGGACAGAACGAGAUAUUGGGCAUAAAAGGCCUGGAUAA